UAACUUCUUCGUAUGUGAGGUGAGGUACUUCUUUUGUUCGUAAAAAAGAGUCACCUUUUUUUUUGGUAAAGAAUUUAUUAGAGUGACUAACAUGCCAAGCAAGCUAAAGAAGGCAAUUGCUGCAGUGAAAGAUCAAACCAGCAUUAGCCUUGCCAAAGUUUCCACUAACACUUCCUCAACUCUUGAAGUUGCUGUCCUAAAAGCCACAACACACGAUGAUGUACCCGUGGAUGAGCGUUACAUCCACGAGGUUGUCCAAUUAGUUUCUUCCAACAAGGCCUAUGCGGCUGCCUGUGCUCGUGCCAUUGGCAAACGCAUUGGUCGUACUAGGAAUUGGAUCGUUGCCCUCAAAUCAUUAAUACUUGUCCUUAGAAUCUUCCAAGAUGGUGAUCCUUAUUUCCCUCGAGAAGUCCUCCACGCCAUGAAACGUGGUGCCAAGAUUCUCAACCUUUCAAAUUUUCGCGAUGAUUCAAACUCUAGCCCUUGGGAUUUCACCGCCUUUAUUAGAACGUUUGCACUCUAUCUUGACGAGCGUUUGGAUUGUUUUCUCACGGGGAAACUCCAAAAGAGAUGCAACUAUAAUGACCGUGAAAAUUCCAAUUAUUUACGGAGUUGCAGUGAUAAUAGCAGGAGCAGGAGCAGAAACAGGACAAAUGAGGCAAUACGCGAAAUGAAACCACCAAUGCUACUUGACAAGAUUUCAUAUUGGCAAAGAUUGCUUGAAAGGGCAAUUGCUACAAGGCCAACAGGUGCAGCCCAAACCAAUUGUCUAGUACAAGCUGCUUUGUAUGCUGUGGUACAAGAAAGUUUUGAUCUUUACAAAGAUAUAUCUGAUGGACUAACUCUUGUUCUUGAUAGUUUUUUUCAUUUACCAUACCAAACAUGUGUAAAUGCCUUCCAAACAUGUGUUAAAUCCACGAAGCAAUUCGAGGAGAUCAACUCGUUCUAUUCAUUAUGUAAAAGCAUUGGUGUAGGCAGGACAUCAGAGUAUCCGAGUGUGCAAAUUAUAACAGAAGAGUUAAUUGAGUCAUUACAAGAAUUUCUCAAGGAUCAAUCUUCAUUUCCAGUGAAAUCUUCAGGAGAUGUAGUUCUUCAAAGACCAGGCUCAAUGAGGUCAUCAAGAAGUAGGUUUGAUAGUUACGGUGGACAAUCCGAAUUCUCUCUUGCAUCGAGUGAGCCAUAUUCGGACAGAAGUCCAACUAUGUCUGGGAAUGGUUCACCUUGUAGUUCACUAGAAGAUCUAAUAAGAGCCACGGUAACAGGGAGGAGCCCAGCCAUUUCAAUCGAUUUGGAGGCCUAUUCAGAUAUUCGAUUCAAGAAGCAGUUUAUUGAUUAUAUAUGUGAUACAGGUUCUGCAAGGUCAUUGCCAGUUUCCAUGAUUGAUCUUGUUUCUUUAUCAGAAGAUAAUGGAAAUAUUGACAACGAAUACGAACAAGUACAAGAUCAGAAGCAACAACCUGUUGUUGAGAAAGCGAAAGAACUUAACUCUAAAGAAGCUAAACCUAAACAAGAACAGAUCAAGGAUAAACAAAAGCCUACAUUAAGUUCAAGUUCAUCUAAAGGAUGGGAAGAUGUACUAAAUGAGGCUUUAACGCCAUCAUCAACAUCUAAUAACGCCUUUCAAGAACAACAAGAUCCAAAAGAGGUGUUAAGAAAUGAAACAUCGCCUGUUAAGACUUCUUCGAGCAAUGCUUGGGAUUUGGCACUAUUUGAAGCAAUCCCACAAACAAAUUCAGUUCAAUCCAUGCCUAAUACUGUUGCUAACAACAUUAACAGCUACAACACUUCCACAUUGCCAUCUUUCAAUGCCUUCCAAGAAAAUCAAGAACCGGAACAAGUAUCAAGAAAUGGUGCAAAUAGUGGUUGGGAUAUGGUAUCAUUUGAAACAACCCCACAAACAACAGCAUCACAACCUAUGCCUACUACCCCUAACAACUUCAAUUCUUCCUACUUGGACGAAUUGUAUAAUCAGAACUCAUCAACAUUGCUUCCAAUUAGUGGCUUAAAACCAAAUAUUAAUAUGAAUAACUAUAAUCAAAUUCCAGUAGCCAACCAUUACAAUCCGUUUUUACAAGACAUAUCGACAGAGCAGCUGCCUGCAACGCCAUCAACACCUUUGCCUACAUUUCAAGCAACACCAACAUUUAGUGGUCAGAAUUCUUCAUCAGCAGUGCAGAAUGACUUGAAUUCCGAUCCGUUUGGGACGUUUCCAAGUAGUGAUCAGAUGUUAAAUGGUGCAGUGAAUCAGAAGGAUUUUUCGGAUGAACAACAGUUAUGGUUACAGAACCAAAACAAGAUCAUAGCUAAGCAUAUGUCUUAAA